AUGCCGACAUCUUCGUCGGCUCCGUCUAUCAGCCAGGAUGUGCCAUCUAUUGGUCCAGUUCGCCAGCCAGCUUCUCCAGUCGUUUCUAUGUCGGAACCAGAGCUUCCGUCUCCGGGUCCACCUGGUUCUGCAAUAUUGGCAGCAACACCAAGCCUUUGUAUCGCCAUACCACAGUACCUGAACCAUUCGAGCCGCCCUCAUAUUACUAUUCAAGUUCCUUCUCAAGCACCAUCACAGGCAGUGCCUCAGGACAUUCGGCCGGAAAAUCAACCUCGGCCUGAUGUGCCGUUACAUCCUGGUUUAGCUGCUGUACAACCUCAACCGACAAUUCUUCUGCAACAACCAACUCAGCCAGUAAUGAUUGUUCCUCCUUCCAUUCUGCCAACUGCCAACUGCCAACUUUACCCUCCGGAUACCCGGGUCGCCUCCAAGGACCUAUGCAGAAGAGCGGCCAGUUCUAAUGCACCAGUCUCGAUCGAGGUCAAGGUCGCGUUCUCCAACAAGGAUAAAGCCCUACUAGGAGGUCCGAGUACUCCGAUAUGGAUCAACCAGACCAGAGGCAUCGUUGUCGAUCUUCUCCAUAUUCUCCAACGAGUCAGCAUUGAUACUCACAGUCUCUGUCUCCUGGACGUCCCAUUGUCAUUCACACAGACUCGGGUCGGUUUCGUCUCCCCCCCAAAAGUCCUCGUCCCGCCCUUGGUGAGUCGACCACAAUUACCAACGCAGAGUUUCGGCUCCUCCACCUACUACUCAGAGGAGACGGUCUCGUUCUCGGUCGCGGAGCUAUUCACAAACACUGCCUGUCAUAAUUCAGCAGCCUCCAUCCUUAUGCAGCCAACAUUUACCUAUGCAGCUGCCAGUUAUAAUUCCAACGGAUCAGCAAACUCCCUCCCAGGUGCCUGUUGUUCUUCUGCCUCUGACAGCCUGUACCGUGUUUCAAGGUGUUCUCGACACUGA